CUUGACAGGACAAACGACACAUCAGCAACCAUGGGUAAGGUUCACGGAUCUCUCGCCCGUGCGGGUAAAGUCAAGUCUGCGACUCCUAAGGUCGAGAAGCAGGAGAAGAAGAAGCUCCCCAAGGGCCGUGCCAUUAAGCGCUUAAAGUACACCCGCCGCUUCGUUAACGUCACCCUGACCGGCGGCAAGCGCAAGAUGAACCCCAACCCUGGCUCUUAAACAAGCCAUGCCUGUUUUCUCUUUUCUCUCCAUCGGUUUCGAUCUCAUGAUUUUCAUUUGAAAUCGAUACGGGCGACGAUGCCCCAUGUCAUCUAGCCGUUGUUGGAUGGAGUGGGAAGUCUGCGGAAUGGAAGAUACAAUGUUAAUCUGGGGUGAUGGAGUUACAGCCUGAUCCGGUUUUCAUGCAUCCAUACGAUUGUCGAGACAAAACGGGGGGCCGGUUCAAUGACUACUCUGUUCUACAUGCACUCUUAUUCUUGAAAAAUGGAAUGGGAAUGCAAAGUCGAAUUAAAUUCUUAGGAGUCUUGUCCACUUGCUCAAAGCGAGGUAGAUCUAUUCAGACGUCCCAUUCCAAAUAUUCAUCUUGCGAUGUCAUCUUAGUAGAUUGUAGUCAGCCGCAUAUCUCUUCAAGGCCGACUUGUAACACUGUCAAGGUGGAUCUGACCAGGUACUCCCGUGGAGGCUGUAUGGUUUCUUGGAACUCUGGAGGGACAACCGGGUCAUCUACAUUGAAGUACACAUCUCCAUGUCUGA